AUGCGGGUCGACGUCAUCGUCGCCGCUUCUCUUUCAGCCGCUCUCACCUUCUUCCUCUCCCGUCGCCUCGCUCCGUCCAAACCUGACUCCAAAUCGUCAAAAGACGUGAACGCCUCCGUCGACGAUGACGGAAUUGACAGAAAGUCGCCACCUCAGCCCAUCGCCUCCUUCUCGUCCCCCGAUACCGUCGAUGUGAAAUCUCUGCCACGUGUACGGUCGGAGAUGGAGGUGGAGGACGAGCAGGACUAUCAGUUCCUCACAGUCGCGGCGGAGGAAGCGGAGGCGGGCGCGCUGGAGAAGGACGGCGGACCGUUUGGCGCGGUGAUUGUACGGAACGGGGAGAUCGUGGCGCGCGCGCACAACGAGGUGCUGAAGCACAAGGACCCCACGUGCCACGCCGAGAUCAUCGCCAUUCAGAAGGCGUGCAAGGCGCUGGGGAAGAUAGAGCUAUCGGACUGCGUCAUCUACUCCUCCUGCGAGCCCUGUCCCAUGUCCUUUGCCGCCAUGUACCUCGCCCGCCUCCCGCGGCUGGUCUAUGGGGCACAGGCGGAGGCGGCACACGACUUGGGGUAUGAUCCAUCACACGUGGCGGACGCCAUUCGCGGCACGGCCACGUUUCAGAAGAGCAGCUGCCAUGUCAAGCGCAUUGUUCACCCCGAGGUGGCCCGCGUGUUCUGGAAGCACCGCAGCACCGUGCAGAUCUACUAG